GGUGGUGGGCUUUGCGGGUGAUGGCUCUGCCUGAAGGGCUCGAGGCGGCGUGCGCCGCUGUUCCUGCUGUCGCCGCCGAGGCCGCCGUCCGCUCCUGGUCCUGAGAGGAGACAGCCCUUGAAGCAAAGAAGUCUGGAUCAGAGAAAGAGUAUUUAAGGGCCAUGCAAGCCAAUCGUAGCCAACUGCACAGUCCUUCAGGAACUGGAGGCAGCGAGAAUACCUCUGCCUCUCAGUGUGUCCACACAAGAUUGACAGAAGGUUCUUGUCUUCAUUCUGGAGAUGUUCAUAUUCAGAUGAACUCUGUACCUAAAGAAUGUGCUGAAAAUCCGAACUCCAGAAAUAUAAGGUCAGGUGUCCAUAGCUGUGCCCAUGGAUGUGUACAUAGUCGCUUACGGAGUCACUCUCACAGUGAAGCAAGGCAGCCUGUUGAUACUGCCAUAGAGUCUGGAGAACAUGGUAGUAGCUCCUUCUCAGAAUUCCGCUAUCUCUUCAAGUGGUUGCAAAAAAGUCUUCCAUACAUUUUGAUUCUGGGUGUCAAACUUGUAAUGCAGCAUAUAACAGGAAUUUCUCUUGGAAUUGGGCUGCUAACAACUUUUAUGUAUGCAAACAAAAGCAUUGUAAAUCAGGUUUUUCUAAGAGAAAGAUCCUCAAAGAUUCAGUGUGCUUGGUUACUGGUAUUCUUAGCAGGAUCUUCUGUUCUUAUAUAUUAUACCUUUCAUUCUCAGUCACUUUAUUACAGCUUAAUUUUUUUAAAUCCUACUUUGGACCAUUUGAGCUUCUGGGAAGUACUUUGGACUGUUGGAAUUACAGACUUCAUUCUGAAAUUCCUCUUCAUGGGUUUAAAAUGCCUUAUCUUAUUGGUGCCUUCUUUCAUCAUGCCUUUUAAGUCCAAGGGUUACUGGUAUAUGCUUUUAGAAGAAUUAUGUCAGUAUUACCGAACUUUUGUUCCCAUACCAGUUUGGUUUCGUUACCUUAUAAGCUACGGGGAGUUUGAUAAUGUAACUAGAUGGAGUCUUGGGAUAUUGCUGGCUUUAUUCUACCUCAUACUAAAAUUUUUGGACUUUUUUGGGCAUCUGAAAACUUUCAGACAGGUUUUACAGAUAUUUUUUACACGACCAAGUUACGGAGUGGCUGCCAGCAAGAGACAGUGUGCAGAUGUGGAUGAUAUUUGCUCAAUAUGUCAAGCUGAAUUUCAGAAGCCAAUUCUUCUCAUCUGUCAGCAUAUAUUUUGUGAAGAGUGCAUUACCUUAUUGUUUAACAGAGAGAAAACAUGCCCGCUGUGUAGAACUGUGAUUUCAGACCAUAUAAACAAAUGGAAAGAUGGAGCUACUUCAUCACACCUUCAAAUAUAUUAAGUUGUAGAAACUGUUAAUGCCACAAAACACUAAUUUCAUUUGUUUGUAGUUAACUAUUAAUAAAAGCAUUAGAAUGGAUUUUCAGGGCUACAACGGUUUUAGACUUAAGUGUGCAGUCUAAUUCAUCAAAAGAUUAAAGCACCCCGUGUUUUAAAAUAUAAUGUCCAAUCUAAUUUAUACGCAACAUUUAUUUUAUCCCAAUUAUUUGACAGGUAAUUGCAUUGUUAAAUUAUGUUUUUUCUUGUUGUUACCAAAACAGCUAUUUGAAAUUAGAACUAGUGGUUUUAGAAAAACUCAGGUAUUCCUUUCUGACAGUUAUUCAGAAUAAAGAAUAUUUUUCAUAAUGUUUUAAGAUAUCUGAAAGAAUUUUCUUCAGUAUUGACUUUUAUAAUUCCCAUUCUAAAAAUUCUUAAAAAUUUUCAUGAAAUUUGUAUUUUUGAAGUUUUAAAUAUUAUAUUCUGCCUGUAACAAUCAGAUUUUCUAAGAUUAAUUUACUGAGGAUGAUAUAUUUUAAUAUUGUAUUCUCUGUAGUAUGACUAGUAAUAAGAAUAAAUGAUUGAAAUU